UCGUUCGUUUCGUCACUCUCUAGCGUAUAUAAGAAGGCUUCUUUAACUGUAUGCUAGAAUCACAAUCUCAAAUACUUCAAAUACAUUUUCGAAGCUUCUUCGUGGAAUAUUGUACAAUUAAAAGAUCCGCCAAGUUUUAUGAUUUCAGUCUCGUUUUAUUCAUAUAAACUUAUUACUUAUAUUAAGUUAGUAUAAUAAUACCUUUAUGCCCACCUAUCCAAACUAAUCGAACUUAAAUUAAAUGCAUUAUCUAAUUGACAAAUCUUGAUAGACGACUAACAGUGCUUAUACAAUAUAUUCAUUAUCCACUUCCUGAUCUUACGUAAUCUCACAUAAACACCCGGCGAUUCGGCGCGUCCACACUCACGCCGUUUACCCCACGACACAACACCGACCAGACGACCCUUGAACACUGCAGGUCCACCAGAAUCGGCCAAGCAUGCAUCGCGCUGACCCGGUACCGCUGCACAGAACAUCGUUUCGGUGACAUUUCGAUAAUCAACAUAGAAUGCUUUACAUUUCGCCUGCUCUUGGAUACGAAGCCGCACUGUAUGCAUGUGAUCCGGUGGCAGGAUAGCAUGUUCACGUGUUAGACCCCAACCGGAAACGGUAACGUAGUCACCUUCUGUGAGCCUAAAGUCACCAAUUGCUAUCGGUUUAAUGUUGACACCUUGUAGUUUACUGUUAAGUCGCAUAAUGGCCACAUCAUGCUCGAAUGUGCGAUUAUUAUAGUCGGGCGAUACGAAAACUCGCUCGACGGUACGCCAAUUUUCCAAAUUCGACAACAAAGUAUUGCCACCACGCACCACAAAAUCAUGUGGUGAAUUCUCGCCAAUGCAAUGUGCAGCCGUUAAAACACAACGUGACGUCACCAGCGAGCCCCCACAAUGAAAAAAGCGAUUCAAACGUAUAUUCACCAGAUAUGGCACUUCACGAAUUUGCGCCGGUUCACCGCCGAUAAUACGGCGAUCACGCUGUGUUUCGCUCGUUGUCGGAUACGCCAGUGUCCUUUGAAUGAGUAAUAACAAGAGUGUCAGUGGUGAGAAAUUCAUUUUGUGGCACUUAAAUUAGCGCUUCGCUCAGCCACAACUGCUGCUCAACUGAUGUAAUAAAUAUACAAGAAUUCUGUUUUUUAUAAUGCCUGACAAUUAAGUAAUUAUUUGCUGCUAAGGUCAGUCAACAUCAUUCAAGUUCCAAUACAAAUAUUUGUCGGGGUUUUACAAGGCCUAAUGCCAGUUGUUUGUAGCGCCGAAGUGGAAGUGAAUUGGGUAAAUAAGCGCUCUCAAUGUAACCAAAAACAAUAAAAAUAGUUAAACAGUUAAACAGUGCGCUACAAGAAUAAUUCAAGAUCACGGACGCGAUCGCUUGAAAGGUAUAAAAGCUUGAGUGGAAAGCUAGACGGGGUUUAACAUUGAAAGACUUCUGAAAACCAAAGCAGACGGUGAAAGUUGUCGGUCCAAUGACUAAACUCAAGUGUUGUGAACUCGGUAUUCUACUUCCGCUGAUCCUCCUAAUACAGUGCAAUUAUAUUCCACACAUUGCCGCCACAAAUGGAACGAUCGCUGUUGAUGUGCUGCCAUUAACGAACGACACGAUAACCAAGAAGAUCAUCGGCGGUGAUUUCGUUUCGAUUCUCGGCGCACCGUUUAUGGUGAAUCUACGGCUGGAUAAUGAAUUUGUCUGCGGCGGCACCUUAUUGCGUCCGAAUUGUGUACUAACUGCCGCGCAUUGUGUCAUCGGCACGCCUGCAUUUCGUUUCGACGUACAAGCUGGUACGACAAUACUCUCGAGUCCAGGUCAAGUCGCCAAUGUAGAGUCCAUAUUUAUACCCAGACAGUACAGCAAGGCAACUAAGAAUUACGAUGUGGCAAUUAUGCGUUUGGACAGACCGUUGAGUGGUAGUCGCGUACAGUUGGUGACGCUCGGCAGUGAUAAUGUGAGACCGGGACAGCGUUUACGUGUCUACGGUUGGGGUAGACGGCGUGAGGAUGGUGCGAGUGCGGUGGCUUUGCGCGCCGCGGUGGUGCGCGUCAUCAGACGUGCCGAAUGCAAUCGCGUGUAUCGGCAGGAUGAUGAAGGAUAUCUAAGUCGAACAAUGUUUUGCGCUUCCGCGCCAGGUAUAAAGGAUUCCUGCUCUGGCGAUUCGGGUGGUCCAUUAAUGUUUCGUGGUCGACAGUAUGGCAUCGUUUCGUGGGGUAUUGGCUGUGGUCGUACGAACUUCCCAGGUGUCUAUACGAGCAUAAGAGCUGUACAACCGUGGAUUAAUCAGAUUGUGGCACAGCAUUGUCAGUAGGAAUUCGUUGUUUAUUGUUAAGGAAAUUUUGGUGAUGGUUGGAUUUAAAAAUA